UUUUUUUUUUUUUUUUUUUUGAGUUCUGACUUUGGGUGGAAAAAAAGGAAAUCACGUCCCAUCCCCCUCUUUUUCUCCGCUUAUGCAGACUCGAUGCAUGUUGUAUGCAAUUGUAAUCAACGUAAUCAACAAAAUAAAAGUGUCGUGAACAAACGGGUUCAGUCGUUAUCUUGGCUGUAUUAAUCACUCCGCACCUUUGGGUAGGAGAUAGACUAAUCAAAGGCAGAAUUCAGAAUAGCAGUAACAUGGAAGGGUGGGAAUGAAUUUCCACCAAAUCUUGCGAAGAAUGGAGUGACGGGACCACCGCUUGUUUUUUCGUUUCGUCCGCGCAUGCUCAGUGGGGCCCAUCCGUUUUUGGAAUCGGUGUGUGACCUCUCUUUUUUUUUUGUCCGAACGGGUGCACCAUGGACCGAUUGGAUCUUUUCCUUCGUGCGCCUUCCCAUUUUUCCAUUAUGCGCUCCACCGGUGACGACGAACCUAGUAACGGUAGUCACCUCCCUGGAGCAGUGAAAUCCUUAUCGGACCGGUGUCAAGUCAUCCUCAAGGACUGUGAGACACGUCCUAUUCAGGGCCUAUAUCGUUAUACGCAAUCAUUAACCGCCGAAGCGCAUUUUCUGCAAGGUUUACUGGAAGCUCCUGAGACCAUCAAAGAGAAACAUAUACAGAGUUCGAACCUCAGUUACCUGGAAGCCGUCCACGAUGUGCUGACGAGCGUCGAUCAUGUGGACGAAAUGAUGCGUCUUGUUCCUGUCCCAUCAGCCACCACGGAAUGGAUGCCCAAAAAGGACAUGAUGCGUACUGAAAGCAUCAAACUUGACCUGGUAGCUGAACAAGAGCUGGUGUGGAUUCGAGUCAUUGCACGGAAUGCCAAAGGACUGCGCCACGAUAUGGCAGGAUUGGAACUGGAAGACGAAGACGACGAUGAAGAGAGCAGCGACUCGGAGGGCGAAUUUUACAGUUCAACGGCGCAUGGAGACGCCUUUGCUGACUUGCCCAUAUUCAAAAAAGCCGCCAAGUACCUUCGCAGUGCUGAAGCGCACCAUGUCCAUUAUCGAAAACCGAUUGUCGUGUUUGCUUUCAUGCGUAUUCGACCGAAUGAGGAUGUGUUUGUUCAGCGAUUGAUGGACCGACUGACAGAGAUGGGCAUUGUCGUUCACUUGCAGGAACCGGGCGGUCCGACGGUGCGUGAGACGUAUGCGCCUUAUUUACCACAACAACGGCAAUCCCUGACUACCGCUACUCUGAACGUGGAUGUGAGCACUGCUUUGGCCAUCACGUCCGAGAUGACUCACCACCCUUGUCGGCCGGACCAAGUGGAUGGUGAAGCAUUGCAACUGCAAGCGAACCGAGAAGCGGAAGCGCCCGUGUUACCUGUAUUGAAAGACAUGCUUACUGACAAACGGUUAGUGAUGGUGAGAAGCGCGUUUGAACGGCUUGAAAGUAUUGUCUCGGUGGUGGGGGGCGAUCGGGAAAAGAGACGAUUUCGGUACCUGUUUCAAGAGGAGUUAGGUGAAUCCAUACCGUUUGAUCAUGUGUUGUGGACAAAUUUCCCAUCCAUGACGAUCCAAGUGAUACCCGACCGCGUCUCGGAGCGAUACCGCCGGUUACUUGAACCUCCAAAGCGCCGUAACAAGCUGAAUAAUGGGAGAAAAAUUCGUACGCGGUUUUCCGAAUUUCAUGCCAUGAUUUUUGGCAGCGGGGAUGCGUAUCAAAUGACGACCGUAACUGCGAUUCAAUGGAUGGCCACGGCACUCGCCGAUGCCGGUAUCACCGGUGUCUCCAUCCUUGUGCACGAACCUCGUUCCUUGUCCGAACAAAAGAUGCAUGUCAUUCAAUAGUUUUCUUGUGUGUAGACUUGUAGGUCGUGUACAAUCGUUUUUGUUUAUCCUUAUCCAAUAGAGCCGAAUAGAUAAGCAGAAAAGGUUUAGAAUGUUGAUCGAAUUAAUAUAUUGUACAAGACUUGUGGUUAUACAAAUUUCCCCAUGACCGGACCAUUGCUCGCUCAUCAUCAGUGAUUGGAUCAUCCAACGAUCUUUUGCAGAACGCACGGAAUGGAGAAUGUGGCUGUGGCAAC